UCUCCUCCACAUGCCGAGGUACGCACAGGCGGCUGAAACAGCGCGAGCGCUCCGGCGAAUAUUUGUGGAUGAGACAGUCGGUGGGAUAUGAAAUAUGCAAGACGUUUGGAGAACAUGUCGGAUCGGGUAUGGUUACGAACUGAGGAAAAAAUAAACACGAGACGGCAUCCAUUCUGAUGGCACGUGGGUGCAAAACAUGAACCUUCACAGAUAUGUGAUGGCGAGACUUCAUGUUUUAUGAGACUACAUGAAUGAGUCUUCUACUUGAAGCUCUAAGGAGCAGCAUAUGGACCCAGGGACGAGGAUUAUUCACUGAGGAAUUUGUUUUUUGUCUUUCUGGACAAAAUGUGUCAUCAUCGCACAGUCCAACAGCAUGAAAACAUACUCCUGGGAGAUUCUAACACUAUGGCAGAGCGGACUUGAGCAUUGUAGUCAUUUCAGUCAUGUCUGAGUCACUGCUGGAGAAAGAGAGAGAGAGACAGAGAGAGAGCAGCAAUAAUAACACAGCAUCUCUAACAGGAUUGUGAGGGUGAGAGACAUUAAGAAGACAUAAAGAGAGAGAGGAAAGUAGAUUUUCAGAGCAUGUUAUGGGUAAAAAUGGUGAACUCAAGUAUUUGUACAUUUAUAGCAGGGAAUAAUAAGCCUGCAAUUUGGAGGGUUAAUAUUUUAUUAAUUUCGUCCUCUGUUUAAUACCUUGUAUUUACUCCAAACAGUUUGUUAGCUGCUCUACACACUCUUAACACGAGUUAAAAGAGAAGUUGUGUAAAGAGGGUGAAACAAGGACAGACAGGCUGAUUUCGAACAAAUGUUCCUUUGUGUCCUUUAAAAAAGGGAACGUGAUAGUCUAGCUCCCCCAGACAAAACUCUCACCCAUCCUGUCUCGUAUCAAAGGCUAAAUAGCUUCAGCAAAGACAGCCAAAACUGGCUGAUCUGUGCGCUGUUUUCUGAUUAGCUGUUCCUGAGCAAUAGAUUGCAGUAAUCCAGGGCUACAACUAAGAAUUAUGUCCUUGGUGCAGCAACAAAAUAUCAUCCCUGAUCCACAGAUGCUGCAAAACUUUGAACAUUCCAGGUUUUCUUUUAUGGUGCAAGAAAAUAAUGCAAGCCAUAUCGCCCCCUACAUUUCCUGUAGUGUAUUAUAGUCUGUCAGAAGGACUGUGUGGAUCAUAUGAACAUUACAGAGUGUUUUUUUAAAUUAAACAAUAUAAGCCAUAUCGCCCCCUACACUUCCUGUCGUGUAUUCCAGUCUGUCAGAAUGACUGAAUGGUUUAUAUGAACAUUAUAGAGUAGUUUUUAACCCUUGAAACUUUAAGGACUUAUCAACAGAUCCAGAUAUGCAAUUUAUACCAAAUAAUGUAUAGUAGCUAGCAUUGUUAUACUAAGUAAUAAAUCUUAAUAUUCAGGUUAAGAACCGAACAAUAAGAUGGCAGUUCAAGAGUUGAAGUAAAUAAAUAAAAAAUCCGCAUUGCCCUUAUUUCCGUUGUUGAUGUCACUGACUUUAAUGAAUUUAAACGUUAAUUAAUCACAUCCCUACUAACUAUCAUAUUGCAGUUUGUUGAAAUGGACUGUAUGAACUUCAUAGAGACUUACAGAAGGCUUAUUUAUAUGUUUUUACAUAUUUGACAUUGACUGACUGAUUUAUCGUCAUGUAUUCAUGAUUGGCCCUUUUUAAGUAUACCUACUGCAUUGACAAUUCAUGUUGGCCUUUUUUAUUGACAGAAUUUAUUUGCUGUCACUGAAUUUAUUUGCUGUCACUGCAGCAGCGUUUUGGUAGCGAUGUUGCGCAGAGGUCUUGUGUCGUGUUUGUCUCGUGUGGGUGCAGUUUUGGUGCUUGUGUGCUGCUCGCUCUCUCUCCUCUAUGUCAUUACCUGCAGCCCUCACACUGAUGACUCGCUGACUGGCCCCCAGUUGCCCAGGACGGGCCCUGCAGGGUCACCUGGAGGUCAUGGUGUGCUCAGCGGCGCCCCCCAGGGCCCAUCGGGUGGACGGGAGAAUUACCAGGCCCUCCUGCAGGAGCGCGAGGAGCAGCACCGACAGCACAUCUCCAGCCUGAAGAAACAGAUUGCCCAGUUGAAGGAGGCCCUGCAGGAGCGUGGGGAGCCAAUAAAGGGAGAAAAGGAGUCUCCAGAGAAAGGAGGAGAGAGACAGGCGGGCGCAGCGGCGAUUGAGGAGAGAAGCCACACUGACCUGCAGGAGUUCCUGCGCAGUCAGCUGUCCCGGGCAGAGGUUCACUCAGGUGUGCGGCUGCCAAGCGAGUAUUCUGUGGUGCCGUUUGAGAGUUUCACGCUGCAGCGUGUGUACCAGCUGGAGAUGGGGCUGACACGGCACCCAGAGGAGAAACCGGUGAGGAAGGACCGGCGGGAUGAAAUCAACGAAGUGCUGGAGAGCGCCCUGCAGACCCUCAACACACCAAACCUGAGCAGAGACAGGACCGCCAGCAAGGUCUACAGUCCUGCUGACUUCAUAGAGGGUAUUGCUCGUACAGAGAAGGAUAAAGGGACGCUGUAUGACCUGUCAUUCCGUGGAGAGCAGCCGCAGCAGUUCCGCAGGCUGGUGCUUUACAGACCGUUCGGACCGUUAAUGAAGGUUUCAGAUGAGCGAGUGCAGACACAGUACACACUCAUCAACAUCAUCCUCCCGCUCUCACACCGAGCCGACAAGUUCAGACACUUCAUGCACAACUUCAGAGAGGUGUGCAUAAAGCAGGACGGACGAGUGCACCUCACUGUAGUCUACUUUGGCCGAGACCAAAUAAGUGAAGUCAGAGGAACUCUGGAGAACACAUCCAGAGAGUUGAAUUUCCAGAACUUCACUCUGAUCCAGCUGAAUGAGGAGUUUUCUCGUGGCCGUGGUUUAGAUGUGGGCGCCCGAGCGUGGAAGGGAGGAAACGUCCUGCUGUUCUUCUGCGACGUUGACAUCAUCUUCACCUCUGACUUCCUCAACACCUGCAGACUGAACACCCAGCCAGGAAAGAAGGUGUUUUACCCCGUCCUGUUCAGUCAGUUUAACCCGGCGGUGAUCUAUGGCAGCAGUGAGCACGUUCCACCCGUUGAGCAGCAGCUGGUCAUUAAGAAGGACACCGGCUUCUGGCGGGAUUUCGGCUUCGGAAUGACCUGCCAGUACAGAUCUGAUUUCAUCAACAUAGGUGGUUUUGAUGUGGAUAUUAAAGGCUGGGGUGGAGAGGAUGUUCAUCUCUACAGGAAGUACCUGCACAGUAACCUCCUGGUGAUCCGGGCUCCGUCCCGAGGACUCUUCCACCUGUGGCACGAGAAGCACUGUGCAGACGAGCUCCCGCCGGACCAGUACAAGAUGUGCAUGCAGUCCAAGGCCAUGAACGAGGCGUCGCACGGCCAGCUGGGAAUGCUGCUCUUCAGACAUGAGAUUGAGGCCCACCUGCGCAAACAGAAACAGCGCAGUGCUGCCAAAAAGCCCUGAGAGAUGGCGUUCAGCCACACAGGCUGCACCAACACACACAUACAGUGUUUGAACACUCCAGUCCAGUGCCGUGUGAAAAUAUGGCAUUUUUCUGCUAAUUUUAGUCAUUUUAGUAGUUUCUAUUUAUUUGCCAUUUAAUAUGAAAAAAAUAAAAUAUAAAAUAUAAAUAUGCCUAAACUAUUGCACAGACACCUUUUUAUGUUGUAUUUUUCUCCCAAUGUGUUAAAUUCAGCAAAUAAACAGUAAAGAGAAAGAGUUCACUUAGAAAAUCAACAGAGCAUAAUGCUGACCGGGAGUGCCAAAACUUUUGUUCACCCAGAUCUAACACAGUUGAUCCAACUAAUCAGGGUCUUCUGUGGAAUUUACUGAUUAGGCUGAGAAUUUAAAGCGAUAGAUUGGAGAAAGAGAACAAAAGUACAUCUCCAAACUAAACACAGCCGUCUACGUCUGUCCAUUUCUAUAGACAAGCAAGUCUAUUUGACCACACUUAAAGAGCCCAUAGCAUGCAAAACUGAAUCUUCUUUGCUUCAGUUGAGUUUGAUUUAGUAUUCAAACACGGUCACAGUUCCUGUUCACUCCCCAGUUCAUACAGUCAAGCUGUGAAAACCACCUGUUCUGACAUUUUUGUGAUGUCACACUUAUCUGAUAAUUCUGCCUGCAGCUGUUUACCCUGCCCACUCAUGCUGAAGUUAUUGAUUGCAGGCAAUCAGAAUAGAGCUCAUUUACAUAUACAGCUGUGUGCAAAUGUUUGUGCACCUCUGGUCAAGUGAUGUGUUGUUGAUUGAAGUGCACACAUCCUCUGCAGAGAACACACUUCUGCACACUUUAAUACACAGUUGCUGUUUAUGUGCUGGGUUUAGCAUAACAGGGGACAAAAGAGUGCAAAGGUUAUAGUACACUUUAUGCUUACCAUUUUAUUUUGUAAUGUGUUAAACUCAGCAAAUAAAUAGAAUCUGUGCACUAAGCAGAAAAAUGCAAUAGUGAAGUUCACUGUAGAGGAUGUAUUUAUGCAUUUUCAUUUAGAAAGUCAUUUGACCAGGGGGACUCAGUCUCAAAGGCACAGUAACAAAAGCAGUUGAUUUAAUAGGAAAACAAUCAUGUAGAAAUGAAUAACGAUAAAUGAUGUUUUUAGUGCAUAAAAUCACAUCAAAUCCACGCUUUUUGUUUUUUUUUUCGCCUUACUGUUGCUUUAAAGAUAGACCAGUGAUGUAGGUGGACAAAUGGACCAUACAAACACAGACACUGAAACCAAACAUGAAGAUAAGCCGGAUAUGGCAGAAAGGCAGCAGACAGCGACGUGGGCUGGAAAGCAGUGCUAAGUGGAUGACGCAGCGUGGGUUUGAAAACGACUGCUCGUCCUCAGGGCCUCCUUCACUCUUCAUACUGUUAUUAGUGUAACUGAGUCUGUAACGGACAUACGGCCGCUGAUAACCGAGCACAGAAGGACACCAGUGUUGCUGGAGCUGCAUUCCACUGACUCCUUCUGGCCUCCGGAGGAAAGGCAGCCAGCGAGGAAUGCUGAGAUGAGCUUGAUUUUUGGAUGAAUAUUAAUCAGUGUCAAUGUUUUUGACAGAAAAAGUGACGUCCUAUAAGAAACAGUCUUCCACAGGUUGAGGUUAUAUAUCACCGUCAUUUCUGCACUGAGACUUUAUCAGACAAGUCUGUCUGUAUUCAGCAAAAAUACAGCAUCUGCCAAA